UGGUCAGUUGCCUUUUGGCCAUAUUAGCCAGCAGUUCGGGAAAAUGUCAAACCUCCAAUGGUUUCUAACGCUCGGCGUCCUUUGUUGUGCGGUUCUCAGUCCUCAAGGCGACGCCGGCGUGCUGGCCGUAUUUUGGCCAUGUGAAAGCGCCGCGGACUGCACAGCUGACGGUACUAGCUGCGAUUUGGCCAGCGGCCAGUGCGAGUGCUCCACAUUCGAUACGGUGCUCGCGGAGAACUUCACCCAAUGCCUGGCCACGUCCCUCAUUGGUGAAAAGUGCGACGACAGCGUCCAGUGCAAUCUUAUGCCAACGGGGGCCAGUUGUAAAGCCGGGGUCUGCGAUUGCGCCGAUGGCCAGAACUAUCUGCGUGGCAAGUGUCGCCCACUGAACGGACUCGGCGAGUCCUGCGAAACGGACUUGGACUGCUAUUUUGGCUACGAUCGUGCGUCUGUGAGUUGUCAGCAAAACGUGUGCGGCUGUGCAAAUGGCUAUUAUAACAGAUAUGGAAACAUCUGCCGUCGCAAAUCAAUGGAAGAAAACGAUGCCUGCGUCGUUAACGAGGACUGUGAUGCACUGGGCGCCGGUGCCGAGUGCGUUGGCCUAGUAUGCACCUAUGUGGACGAGAUCACCACGACUCCGGGUGACGGGGGCGAGGAGACGGAGACGACCAAUCCGGGCUCGCCAGAGGAUGACUCGACCACAGCGGAGGCGAUCACCGAGACCGCCGAGCCUGAACAGGAGACGGCCUUCAGGAGCCGAAGGCAGCUAACCAAGGCCUUUGUACACGCCCCCCCGCCCACUCACAGCGAUGCCGCCGCCCAGGUGUCCUUCGCCCAGCUCACCAAUGGCGACACCGAGCCGCUCAUCUCGCCGCGAUCCCACGAGAUUGCCGUCCAGACGAGCAUCGAGAAGUACGAGCUGAAGGAGGUGGGACGCAGUGUGCGCAAUGCGGCCACCACCACCACAGCCACCGCCUCCACGAGCACCAGUAGCAGGCGCAACUCCAGCCGCAACCAGAGCCACGCCCACGGCCAGCGCCGCCGCUUGCCCGCCCUCUUCCGCUUCGAUGACGAGGACAUCAAGACCUACUCCACGCUGGGCUCCAGCCGCGAUGACGACGAUGCCGAUGAGAAGAAGUAUGGCAGCAGCUGCACGGAUAAUGGAAAGUCAUGCUCGGGUCUGCCGCACUCAAUCUGUUCCAAAAAUAUUUGCCUAUGUCGCCAGGGCUACUAUGCCCGCAAUGGAAAAUGUUUUGCCGAACUGGGGGAAAUCGCCGAGAGCACGGACGAGUGCGAGUACGAGUUCGAUGAGGUGACCAAAACCUGCAAUUGCCAAAAGAAUUAUUUCUACGAGCGGGAUCUGCGCAACUGCAGAAAACCCAUUCAAUACCACUUGUCCUGCACCUCGAACAGCCAAUGCAGUCCAUUCGGAGCCUCCUAUUGCCAUCCCGAGAUCCCGAGGAGGUGCACCUGCGAGGAGUACGCCCUCUACGAUGCCAUCAAGCAGCUGUGCGAGUACAAACAGGGCCUGGGAGCCGAGUGCGAGUCCAACGAUGCCUGCCCAGUGGAUAACUCCCUCUGCUCCAACCGCGUGUGCGUUUGUGCGGAUAGCUACUUUGAGAAGGAUGAGCAGUGCCUGCGGGGCAUCGGUGCGGACUGCUCGGUGGAGGAUGACUGCCUAGUUGAGAACACCGUCUGCCAGGAGAAGGGCGAGGAGGAUCAGUCGCGCACCUGCCAGUGCCGGAAGGGAUAUGUACACUUCAAGGACCAGUGCCUAAAGGAAGCCGAGGAGCUGGAGGACGAGUGCGUCGACGAUGAGCAGUGCAAGCCACUCCUGGCAAGCUGCAAUUCGGAGGGCAAGUGUGGAUGCAAUGAUGAGCAGCACGAGAAGAACGGAGUCUGUGAGAAGAAGCGAGAGCUGGGAGAGUCGUGCACCAAGGCCACAGAGUGCUAUGUGGAAAAGGAUCCCGAGAACGUGGAGUGCCGCAACUCAGUGUGCCAGUGCAAAAUUGGCUACUCGGCCAAUCAGAGUCAGUGCAUUCGUGUGAUGCCCAAUAAGAAAAAUUCUUCCGGUAGACCCAGUGCUCUCAAAAUCAUCACCUUCAUGCUGAUUGGCUCCGCUUUCCUGAUCACCAGUGCGGCCAUAAAGCAGGCCUACUACUAAAACUAGUCCCUUUUACACGCGUUGUGGGGAAUGGCGAGGAUAAUCGAAGGAGGGGCUGGCCAAGGACCCAAGGGGGAUAAUUGGGGAUCGGCAGGAGUGGCGGAGUGGCGGGAGGGGCCAGUAUUAGCCAAGUUACUGGCAUGGAUGCAUGUCCGUGCGCAACGUGAAUAUAAAUCAAUUAGUCCGUAAGCUGAUAUUAAGGAGUCGAAGCAAUAUUUGGAGAAGGGUCCUCGGAACGGCUCUCGCUUAUCUAAUACGGCUAAGUGUAAUGACAAAUUAUCUAUAAGUUUGAAGUUAAACCGCUUGUUGAUAGGCUAAGCGAACAGUUUUUAACCAAAUUGUAAUAUACAUCAUAAUAAACUAAGGCCAACGAAGAGUUGUGUAUC